AUGUCCAACGAGCCUCACCCCCUCGCCCUCCCCCCCUCCUUCUCCCCAGACACCCUCGACGUCCUCACCGAGCUCUACAACGUCCUCCAAAAGGUCCACGAGACGGCCCGCGAGAGCCUCCAGAACCAGGAGCAGGACCCGGCCACCGGUGCCCCCAAGCUGCCCACGAGCACGAGCACGCCCUCGGCGGCGGCGGCUUCGGCGGGGGGCGACGGCAAGCGCCUCACCUUCAAGGACGUGCCCAACGCGACCGACGGCAUCAAGCACAAGCUGCAGCGCGCCCGCGAGCAGGUCCGUGGCCUCCCCGACAUGUCGCGCACCGUCGCCGAGCAGGACGCCGAGAUGAGGGAGCUCGAGGCGCGCAUCGAGAAGCAGAGGGCGCUGCUGGAGAGGCUGAGGGAGGAGGGGCUGGCCUUUGGGAAGAACGACGCGCCUACUGGCGAUAGGAUGGAGACUUGA